AUGGAUACUCUAUCUGAAGCCUACAAAGGAAUCCCUCUCAACCUUGGUGAUAUCAUCCCCUUAGACUUUUCUUCACCCCCACCAACCUUACCCGAUUCCCACGCAUGGUUUCAACCUAGUGAUGAUGAUUGCUCAUUCGAUGAUCCUGCAUCAUCCAUGCCCAUCAUAGACUUCUUGGAUCCCAAAGCCACAGAGCUCAUAGGGCUUGCAUGUGAGAAAUGGGGUGCCUUCCAGUUGAAGAAUCAUGGGAUACCCUUAGAUGUUAUUCAAGGUACUGAAGAAGAAGUCAAACGCCUAUUCUCUCUCCCCACUGAACAAAAGUUGAAGGCUCUAAGAUCUCCCGGUGGUGCAAGCGGAUAUGGCAGAGCACGAAUUUCACCUUUCUUCCCCAAGUCCAUGUGGCACGAAGGAUUCACCAUCAUCGGUUCUUCCGCUCGUGAUGUCAAAAAGAUAUGGCCUGAUGACUAUGCAAGGUUUUGUGACAGAAUGGAGAAUUAUGAGAAGGAAAUGAAGGUUCUAGCGGAGCGACUAACAGAGAUGCUGUUCGACAUGUUGAAGAUUCCUGAGGAAAAAAGGAAGUGGGUUGUUACAAGCGACAUAAGUGAAGUUCUUCAGUUGAACUUCUUCCCAAGUUGUCCCGAACCAGACCGAGCUAUGGGUUUAGCCCCUCACACAGACACUUCGAUCUUAACAAUUGUUCAGAGCCCAAGCACUGGUCUCCAACUCUUCAAGGAAGGAAAAGGGUGGAUCAAUGUGCACCCUCACCCUAACUCUCUCAUCGUUCACUUGGGAGAUCUCUUACACAUCAUCUCCAAUGGACGCUUCUGCAGCCCUCUUCACCGCGUAACUCUCAACGAGACUCGCAAACGUUACUCUAUCGCUUAUUUCUACACUCCACCCGUUGAUUAUGUCCUGUCUCCGUCUCUCUCUGGGGAUAAUAGCCCUGUUGCUCUUUUUCGUGAUGUCACUGUGAAGGAGUAUCAUGAGAUUAGGGCCCAGAAGUUUGGAAACUCAUUAUCUUUGGUUAGGAUUUGA